AUGAGCAACGGUAAUAGUCGGACAAAGAAUCCAUCUCCUGCACCUUCUACUCGAUCUCGCAAUAUUCCAACGCGGACAGAAAAUAAUUCAAACGCUUCAGAAAACAAUGCAUUGAGGAGGGACCCAAACGCGCGCAUCUCGUACUUUGACCCAUCCAACCAGGCUACUCUGGACAGAUUGAUUUUGAGUGCCGAUGCACCAAUCGAAGGCGACGGUGAAGAGGAAAAUGCUCAAGCGACACUUGCCAAUGUUGAAGAGAUGAUCGAGGGCUACGAAUGGACCAGUGAUGAUAUCAUUGGCAGGAAAGUUACUAGAGGUGCUGUGGAUUUGAUUGAAGCGCGACUGUUGGACGAAUUAAUGGCCCUUGAGAAGGCGAAUAUUCAUUCAUUUUUGGAGUCUGACGACCGCGUUGCUGUGGUCAUGAAGUACAUGGAAGAUGCCAUCGCCGAGUUAGACGCCAUGGAUGGCCUUAUAUCAACAUACAAGAUCCAUCUUAAUGCUGUUGGGGACGAUAUCUCGUACAUACAAUCCCAAAAUCGUGGACUUCAAGUACAAACACAGAAUCAACGGGCGUUGCUGGCAGAGUUACAGAACUUAUUGCGCACCGUCCAUGUUGACCAAGAGGCUUUAGCCACUUUGACCCAAGAAUCUCUUGAAAAGUCGCACAGCAUAACACGUUUAGAGGAAGCUGCCGUUCAGUUAUACAAGGCUUUACAAGCAGGACGUGAUACAGAAAUGGCUGCAACAAUGGAAAGAUUGCAAGAAUACAGAACCUACAAUUCCCAGUUUUGCAAAAGGAUGUUCGACUUUUUGUCUAUCAUGUUUAUUGCUCAGUCUAAGUUACUACUCGGUGACACUUCAGGCCUUGCACGCGGCUCUCAAUCAAGGCCCACCGUACUUCCUCAUCGCGACCUUGAGUCUUAUCUAGGAAGGUAUUCAGGGUUAAUGAUUUACCUCAGGGAAAUGGACGAGAAUAUAUACAGCAAAUUAUGCGCGACUUAUUUCUCGGCAGCUAGCGACCUGCAUGGCACUCAGAUCAAGGCAUUGCUCUCCGCUCAUCUCGACCUUGUCAAAAAAGCAGCUGAAGACGAAACUGACCAAGCAUUUGGCAUCGCAUCUAUACCCCCUGCCUCGAAAGCAACAACAGGAAUGCGCCGUGCUGGAACAUUGAUACGUUCUCCAAUGGAGAGUCGCCAGAAAGAUCGAGAAAAGCAAAGCGAUGGGCAUUUGCGCGCAUCAGAGGUUUUCGGCCUAUUUCUUGAACAAGUCGCUAUGUUGAUUUACCAAGAAAACGACUUCAUUACCGAUUUCUUGCAAAUUAGUGACUCGGGCUUCACGUUUGCUGAUUACAUGGGGCUGGACAAUUAUUUCCGCAGACAAGCGGCGCGGUCAGCUGGACUAAGCGCGACUACUCUAAAGCUUAUUCGCGGGGCACUGGAUCUUAUCUUCGGAUUCCUCCCUGCCGAAUUAAAAUCAUGGCUGGACGCCGCGCUUGCCAAGGACAGCAUGGAGAUUGUGGGGAUCCUCGCUUUUCUUGAACGCUUCCUCAUAGAGGCUGAAGAAAAAGGAAACCCCUUUAUUCUGAACCUUUUGGAGAAGCAGCAUUCCAGGCUGAAAAUUAUCUUUGACCGUCAUGUUACUGAACAAUUAAAAGGCGUAGAAAGAACUAAACUCUCCAGCAAGAAGAGAAAGGGUGUUGCCAACUUCCUCAAACACUUUUCUGCAUAUGCAUCCAGAAUCGAAAACCAGCUUGUCGGAGCAAACAACUUGGAAAUCCGCACUAACGUGGAUUCGGCUUAUGAAAAAAUUGUUCAGUCCAUGUUCGAUUCUUUGAAACAAAUUGCUAAACUGGAAGGAGAAGGAGAAGACAAAGGCCAACUAAACUACCAUGUUAUUUUGAUUGAAAAUAUGCACUACUUCAUCAACGAAAUGUCGCAGUUGGAUGUUCCAUCUAUGACAACGUUCAUUCGACGAGCAGAGGGUAUAUACGAUGAAAACCUUUCCGCGUACAUCAAAACAGUGUUCCGGCGGCCAUUCGGCAAGUUAAUGGACUUUUUCGACGCGUUUGACCGAGCAGCAAAAGACACUAACCCCACAGAGCUAACUGCCAACAGCAAUUUCAACAAGGCGACACUUCGAAAAAUCAUCAAGGACUACAACUCAAAGGAUAUCAAGAAACACGUUGACGUUUUGUCGAAGAGAGUGGAGAAACAUUUCACAGACAUGGACAAAUCAGCGGAUGAAGGUGGGGCGGUCCCCUCAAAAGUCUUGAUAGGUGUUUGGAACUCGUGCGAGAUGGAAUUUGUGAGACUCACAGAAGCUUGGAGUUCACGAAUAUCGCAGUGGUAUGGAGACAGCGGUUUGGCAUUGGAGUAUACCGUCGCCGAAGCUGAAGCUGCAUUUCGAAGACAAAAGUUUGGCCCAUAA